UAAAACCACACACCAGUUCUUAUUUGUCAAAAAACUCGAAAUGGCUCGUCGCGCAGCUACCUCACCCUCAACCGCUCCUGCACCCACAUUCUUGUCGAAAUCCCAACCAGGUCGACGAGGUCAACUCACAGACCCGAAUGAGUCGGCGUUUUCACGGUUCCUCAGGGAAGAAGUCUUUGCGCCGGAAAAACUCCCGGGAAACAUUAGUAUGGUGACGGGGCUAGGAUUAUUCGUUGGUGGCAUUCUGGCUGUUAGGAGCUGGGGAGAUUUGUUGAUCCCUGCGUAGAGAGGAGAGUGGAAAAGACUGAAGAUGGUGAUUGAAUGCUUUUUGUGUUCCACCCGCUCAUAUAGAUAACAACUGCGGGACUCGCUCGAAUAGGGCUGCACAGAACGCUUAUGACUUC